AUGCAGUCUUUCCACGCAACCGCAAACCUGAAAGAACCGACGAAGAACCCCUAUACGGUCUUGGGGGUCAGUAAGAACGCCACCCCCUCCGAGAUUAAGAAGGCAUACUAUGGACUUGCAAAGAAGUAUCAUCCGGAUACCAACAAGGACCCAAAUGCGAAGGAAAAGUUUACAGAGGCGCAAUCUGCGUAUGAACUGUUGAUGGAUCCACAGAAGAAGGCUGCAUGGGAUCAAUUCGGCGCGGCAGCUUUCGACCAAGGCGCUGGAGCUGGAGCUGGACCAGGACCUGGCGCUGACCCCUUCGGUGGCGCGGCUGGAGGCCCCUUCGGUGGAUUUGGUGGCGCUGGUGGUUUCGGUGCUGAUUUCAAUUUCGAGGACCUCUUCAGAGGCUUUACCGGAGGAGGCGGACGGAGAGGACGGGGCAGGGCCAGCCCAUUCCAGCAGGAAGAAAUCUUGGUUGGGGACAGUAUCGAAGUUCAGACGCACAUAUCAUUCAUGGAAGCGGCUAAAGGCACCAGCAAGAGCAUCACCAUAACUCCUUUGGUCACCUGCAAAACAUGUUCCGGCGACGGACUGAAACCCGGAACGAAACGCUCAGAAUGCAAGUCUUGUGGUGGGACUGGAACCCGAGUCCAUUUCAUGUCUGGCGGCUUCCAGAUGGCAUCGACCUGCGGUGCUUGUGGUGGCGCAGGAGUGACAAUUCCAAAAGGUGGCGAAUGCAGAACUUGCUCAGGCAACGGAGUUGUGAGAGAACGGAAGACCAUAAACGUUGACAUUCCGGGUGGUAUCGAAGACGGCAUGCGUUUACGAUUAGACCGUGAAGGUGAUGCACCGGCAACUGGAGCCGCUGCAAAUCCUGAUGCGAGAUCAAUGCCUGGAGAUCUGUACGUCCUCGUGAGAGUUGCUACAGAUCCCAAAUUCAGCCGAUCUGGAUCAGACGUAUUAUACACAGCUACCAUUCCUCUCACUACUGCUCUUCUUGGUGGUGAGGUUAAAAUUCCUACUUUGGACGGAGAAGUCGCUGUCAAGGUUGCGACUGGCACGGGUACCGGAGACAAGAUCACGCUGGGAGGCAUGGGAAUGAAGAAAUUGCAAGGAAGGAGGGGUGGGUCGGGAGAUCUCAAGGUCGAGUUCAAAGUCCAGAUGCCGAAGUAUCUCAGCGCCAACCAACGUACAAUCGUCGAAAUGCUUGCGGAUGAGAUGGGCGACAAAACAGCAAAGAGGAUAAUGAACGUCGGCCGCUCAUCGUCCUCCGCGGACACGUCGACAGAUUCGCACAAGAGCGAGGGAUUCCUGAAAUCAGUCUGGCACAAGCUCACUGAUCAUCCUGCCCAUAAGGAUGAGGGAAAUGAGAAAUCGAAGACACCAUCUGAUGACGAGGGAAAGUCGUCCAAGGACGCUGGAAAAGACGCCGGAAAGGCACCACCUAAAGAAGACGAUAAGAAAGCAUGA